AUGGUCCUCCUAACAUCCUCGACCGUCUCGGUCAUCAUCUCUAGCGGGGUUGUCUGCACGUUCACAUUCCUGUUGUUUCUCUCGGGAUAUGUGUUACAACAACAAUCUGUGCGCUCCAUACAAGAAGCCAUUCGACGACCACCCGAACGAAGACCUGUGCCAACCCUGCCUCCGCAGUUUCGACAUGAAGAAAACGAUAGCGUUCCGAGAGUGUUGGAAAACCCCGAAGAUGGCUUGCAAUCUGUCGUUAUCGUCGGGGCUGAUCAGAACUCGGACACGGUUCAAGUGCCAGUAAUCAACCAGGACCAGAAUGAGGCAACGUUGGAUUCCUCUCCGGACCUGUUCAAGUCAGCUUCAAGUGACGAAACCCCACUCCAGCGUCUUGCCUACAUGUUUGCCCUCCUCGAGCCACACCACUUGUGCUCGGCACUCCUUUUUGCAAAACAGCAACGGUCAUCUUCACGACUGUCCAAAGAACCAUCCAUCAUCCUUCUCUAUCCAUCCACCUGGGAGACCGAAUCCUCACCCCUCUAUACAUCAACUUUGAGCUUCAUGCGCGACGUUCAGGAACUGUACAGCCUUAUCUACCAUCCCGUAAGGAUAUACGACGCAUGGGACGUUCGAUCACAACUACUUGGAGAGUUGCAGUGGGGUCGAUGGGAAUACGAUCAAGCACUAUUCUUGCGCUCGCCCGGAAUGGUUCUCAAUAGCCAGGCGCUGGACGCUGCAUUGGCGUCUUCCGAUACAAGGAAGACAUGGACACCGUUGAAUCCAUCCUCGGGUGAUGACCCAGAGCUUCUGCUUAUCACUCCUGGUGGCCUUCAGAGUCCGAGGAGGGAGACAAAGAAGCUGGUUCAUUCUCUGUCUGCAAACAUUCCUGAUACCAGCGACAAUGCCGAGCACAUUGGAGGAUCGGAUCACGAACCUGCGUAUGUGCUGCUCGAUAGUCGAGCUGUGAAUGAUGAAGAAAAUGAUAUGCGGAACGACGAGAUAAGGCGCAAGUUCGCCAAAGGGACAAGCAAUGUCUGUGGAGGUAGUGGGCUCUUGGAAGACAGCUUGAAAUUGGCGUUGAACAGGUUUUUGUAG